GCGUGCGUGCGUGCUGUUUGAAUGUAAGCGUGUUUUGUUUGGUCAGGUCCUUUACAUUCUCUUUCUUUGUGUGUAGAGAUAUAUUUUAAGGAUUCGGUCAUUUUCUUUAAUUAAAGUUAGAGCACCGCGAUGUAUCAGGUUGUACCUGGGCAGUUUGAUGACGCGGACGAGACGGGGAGUGAUCCUGAAAUCAGUCAUGUCACUGACAAGCUCUCCCUGGAGAACCAGCUGCAUGGAGUUACUUUACAAACCUUCAAAAAUGAUAAGCAAGGUGAAAAUGAGGAGGACGAUGAUGAUGAUGAUGAAUGGGAUUGGAAUGAAUCAAGAGGAGGAGACUUCACAAAGCGCUACACUGCAAUGAGGGCUGGGAAUAAUUCACAGGCUAAUCGUCAAAGUUCUAAUAAAAAUUCCUUAAAAAUGUCCACUCCAUCAGACAAGGUCCUGAGAAAAUUUGAAAACAAAAUUAACCUGGAUAGACUGAGCUAUGCUGAUUCUGUGAUCAAUAAAGUCACUGUGAUGCAAAAGCAGAGGGAAGCAGACAAGUAUCGAGUAAAGGACAAAUCAGACAGAGUCUUUGUUGUACAGGUUUUGGACGCUCGUACACGUAUGACUCUGUUUAAAAUGCUCAGCAGAGGCGUCUUUUCAGAGAUCAACGGCUGUAUCAGCACAGGCAAAGAGGCUAAUGUCUACCAUGCAACUACUGCAAAAGGAGAAAUCAGAGCCAUCAAAAUAUACAAAACAUCAAUUCUACUUUUCAAAGACAGAGAUAAAUAUGUCAGCGGGGAAUUCAGGUUCCGCCAUGGCUAUUGCAAGGGCAACCCUAGAAAAAUGGUGCGCACUUGGGCUGAGAAGGAAAUUAGAAACUUGAUCAGACUACAGACCGCACAGAUUCCAAGUCCAGAGCCCAUGAUGUUGCGGAGUCAUGUUCUCGUCAUGAGCUUUAUUGGUCGAGAUGACAUGUACGCCUGCCCUGUCCUUUCUGAACCCAAAGCGCAGGAACCCUACCUGCAGAUCAAUCAGAACAUGAGAAUAAUGUACAAUGAAGCUCGUCUGGUCCACGCUGACCUUAGCGAGUUCAAUAUGCUGUAUCAUAAUGGAGAUGCUUAUAUUAUUGACGUCUCUCAGUCCGUUGAACACGAUCAUCCUCAUGCUUUAGAGUUUCUACGCAAGGAUUGCAGCAAUGUCAAUGACUUUUUCCAGAAACAUAAUGUGGCAGUCAUGACUGUGCGUGAGCUGUUUGAGUUUAUCACAGACCCCUCAAUCACAAGUGACAACAUUUAUCAGUAUUUGGACAAGGCAAUGGAGAUAGCUUCUGAAAGAACUGCAGAGGACAGAUCCAAUCAGGACAAAGUUGAUGAGGAGGUGUUCAAGAAAGCCUACAUUCCACGCACACUUACUGAAGUCACCCAUUAUGAGAGGGAUGUGGACACAAUGUUGAAGAAAAAAGAAGAGGCUUCUUCUGAAGAUACAAACACAGACAAUAUCCUCUACCAGACAGUGACAGGCCUCAGGAAGGAUCUUUCUGGUGUGCAAACAGUACCCUCGAUACUGGAAGACUCCACAAAGGAUGAUAGUUCAAGCUCUGAGGGAAGGGAGGAGGAUGACGAUGAUGAGAAGUCAGAAGGGGAAGACACAGGAGAGAGUGGCAGACACGCUGAGGAAGCACAACUGAACAGAAAAGUACCUAAUGGGAAUAGAAAAUGUUACAACAGAUGAAUUGUGUUCAUGGGUUGUGAGAAUCAGUUUGUAUUUCUGUGUCUUUCAGGAAAGAAAGAAAAUGGUCAGAGGGAGAAAAGAAAAAAUAAAGUGCCAAAGCAUGAGAAAAAGAGCAAGGAGAAAGUUGCUAAAAUAAAGAAAGGAUGAUAUGGUUGAGAUGAAGGUGAACUGAGAUUAUAGCAGAAAUGCUACUUGACUGAUGGUACCAGUAUUUAAGCUGGGAACUCUUGCUGAUGAAAUGUCAGUCCCUUAACAGUUAUAAACACUUGAUAUCAGCAUCAUAUUUUUGAAAUGUUUAUUAAAAGUAUUCUUUUUAAUAAACUUUUAUACUUUUUUUUUUUUGAUAUACUGCUUGAAUGGUGGGUAAAAUGUUUUAAUGCAGACUGACAAUUCAAAUCCAUUUUUGCUAUAGUGAAACAUUUAAUUACAUUGUGCAGAACAGUUUACACAAAUAUUCAUGUUUUACAAGACAACAUGCUGUUAAAAAUAAUCCACUCUUUCAUAUUUAAGUGGCAAAAU